UCUUACAGAGGUGAUACUGUCUAUUGGAGCACAAUGGAGUAAACUCUGGCAUAUAAAUUGAGAAAGCAACAAUUAUUAAUUUAUUUCUGAAGAACGUAACAAGUAAAAGGCACUCCACCUCAAUGAAUUUAUUCAGUAAGGUGCUCAUAUUCCAGCUCCUGCUAUCCGUAGUUGGGAACAGUGUGAUUCUUAUGGUUACACAAUCUCCGCCGUACCUUUCUGCAAUGGAAGGAGGCACAGCAACAAUGACUUGUUGGAUUAAUAGCUCCAGCUUGGAACGGCGCAUAGAAUGGAGCAAAGUUUUAUCAGAGCAAAGGAUUCUAGUUCUGUCAUCCAAAGGGAACAUAACCAAACCUUACCUGGAUUACACCAAAAGGAUGAAACACUUUCUCAAUGAUACAGUUAGCACUCUGUCUAUUUUCCCCAUAAACCGGAAUGACACUGGGGUGUACGUUUGUGAGGUAUUAAUUGAGAUUCCUCCCCCAGUAUAUAGAAUGUCUGGGAAUGGCACUCACCUGCAGGUCCAAGUUGUCAACAAUGAAAUGGCAGUGUCUUCCAAUGACAAUACAACUGGUUCAACAUGGAUCCUGAUUGGUUGCAUAUUGUCUAUCAUAUUGAUUGUGUCAGUCACCACUUCCUUUUUGGCCAGAAAAUUAAUUAAAAAAGAGGAACCCAUGUAUGUCAAUGUGAGAUACAGAAACAAAACCGGUGAGAACAAGCGACAAACAGAAACAAAAUGUGAGGGUUCGACACACAGCAAGUUUAUUCAGUGAAACUGGAAGUGAGCAGUGAAACUGGAUGAUGUGCUGAUCUUUCUUACACCCCAGGACCUGAGUUUCAAACUGGCUCAGUCACUUCUGUGACUAAUUGCACAGACAGAUUUGAGAUCCUACUGGAUGAUUUCCUCAACUGGAAUUAAACUGACAUUGUUGCAAUGAAAGACUCACUGCUAUUGGGGCACUAUUCUGGGGGUUUAUCGUACACUGCCAGAUCAAUGUACAGGGAAUUGUACACCAGAUCUUAUCAUGAU